AUGGACCGCAAGGGUAAAGGAUGGCACAUCUACGAUAUGGGUAGUACUCAUGGUAGCAAGGCGAAUAAAAAGAAAGUACCGGCCAAGCAGUACAUGCGUAUUAUGGUCGGGUUCGUACUGCAGUUUGGAGGUAGUACGCGACUACUUUCAUUGCUUGGGCCAUCGAGUGACUGUGAAGCCGAAUGGGAGUGCUCACCAACUGAAAUGAAGGAAAAGGUGCACAAAAAAGUCCUGGAAUCCAAGUUGGCCCAAGCAGCCCGAAAGGAAUUUGAGGCAGAAAAGGCGAAAGACGCUGAGUCAGAAGGAAUAGACUGGGGCAUGGGAUUUGACGAAGAUGAUACACCGGCCGUAGAGCUGGACAUGGAUGGUCACUUGAUGGAGGAUCGCGAGCAGUAUUACCAAGCGGAUCCUAAAAAAGCACUCUCAAAGUUUUUCGAACGUGAAGGUUUCGAUAUGAAUUUCCAGUUCUCAGAGCAAGGUUCAGGACACACGCACAAAUGGUUAUGUACCAUUGAGCUUCCCAUCGAAAUCAAUGGUGUCGAUCGUACCUAUACGGCACAAGCGAUAGUUUCAACCUCGAAAAAGGACGCCCAAGUACAAUGCGCCUUGGAGGCGUGUCGAAUCCUCGAUAGUCACGGAGUUCUUAGAUCAUCAAGUUCUAAGGCCAGGACAAAGAGAAACGAGUUGGAAGAGAAUGAUUUCUAUGACGAAGAUGAUGACGAGUAUCUUGAUCGGACAGGUCAAAUUGAAAAGCAGAGAGAAAAGCGCAUGAUGUGGGCCAAGGUAUGA